CGCGUAGUUGUGUGACUGCGUUUUACGUCUGUUGGUUCAAUGUUUUUAUUUUUGUGUGAGUAGUUUUUGUUUUUCACUUAGGUACUUUAUUCUAUGGGAUGAUAACAGUGAACUUUUGAAAACUUGAACAAAUUAUAUACCUUAGUAGCAUUAAAAUUUCUUACGUUGUAAAUUAUACGAUCUUGGUCAUAUUUUGGUAAGUCAAUUUAAUUUAACUAAGUAUCUAGUGAUAAUAAGAAUUUCAUUCAAAAAGUAAAACACUUUAUUAAAUCAUUCCUAGGGUAAGUCAAUUUUUGAAAUUUUUUUUUGUAAUUUUGUCCAAUGUAGGUGAUAUUUUUAUCUUCAUUUUUUGGUAUAAAAUGCAAAGUGUAUGUAUUUUUAAAUUUAAUUUAUUUGUAUUAAAAACUAUUAAAAAUUAACAUAAACCCAUUUCUUUCCUAAAGCCUAACAAUUAUGAAUAAUUAUUAAGAAGAUUGUUUUUUUUUUAAUUAUCCAAUUUUAUAUUUAUUUAUAAGUUGUAUUGAAUAUAUAGGUUAUGACUAGGCCUCGGAAGUUGUAGGAUUUGCAUGUUUUUUGUAUAAUUUUUAUUUAUAGUGGACCAAGUUACAAAUUUCUAUCAUACACAUAGGGUAGAGUGAUUCACGGAAAUAAAACCUGGCGGGAAUAUUUAAGGAUUCCGAAAAAAUAAUUUAUGUUUAUUAAAUCUUACAUAGUAUUGUAUAAAUAAUAGAAUACAGGGGCCAUAGACCAAACUGAACAUUGAAAUAGGUACAUAAACGUUAAGUUGGACUUUUGACCAAUAAUAGUACCUUAUAACUAAUAGGUAAUCAAUAUUGAUUUGACUGGCAAAUAGAUAGUUCAAAUUCAAUUAAACAAAUUAUUUAAUAUUCUUCAAUAAAUGAUAGGUAAUAAUAAUAUAAUGUAUAGAUUUAAAAAUAUAUUAAAACUUAAUAAAUGACUAUAAAUUUAUAAGUAAUUUAAUGUUAUGCUCAGAUACCAUUUUAGGUGUAUGCUUUUAGAUUCCAAGCGUAGCGAGGGAGCUAUUGGUUUUACUUAGAUGUUUAUUUCUUUUUUUUUCUUUGUUCUAGUCUAUGGACAGGUUUUUUCUUAGUAAACUUGCUCUGAUUUUUACGUGUAUCAACUUUUCUGAAAACUCAAGUUGUCUAGAUGGUAUAUUAGAGAGGUCAUUGAUUUUCGAAGCCAUUUUUUAAAUAAAGGCAUUUAAGUGAAAAAAAACGUAGGAAAAAGUACAAUUUCACGAUUUCAUUACUUUAUAAAAAUACGGGCGACAUUUUCUACCAGAAAAAAUGAUUUAAUCGAAAAAUCACAAGACAGCUUUUUUGCCUUUUUGAUUUACUUUUUUACGAUAUCAUUGCCAAAACGUUUGAGCUUUUAAGGAAUUAAAAUUUUUAGUAGUUUUUUUGCUGCAAUUCGGUUAUAAAUACACGUAAAGAUUUGAAACUUAGUAAUAAUACUUAUAUUGGACUUACUUAGACGUGGUAAAAUUUUAUUAAUAAGCGUUUUGAAAUCAAAUUAAAACGAAAAUCGCAAAAACAUAAUUUGAAAAAAUCGUAUUUUUCGUAUUUUUUUGUUUUUCCCAAUUAUUAUGAAAAGUACUUUGAAUAUCAAAAAAUGCCUUUUUCAGUCAGUGAAUAUAUGUUAAAAUGAACAAAAUCGACCCCUUAUCAUUUUUCGAUUAUAGCAAUAUUUCUAAUAGAAAACAUAAGUUGUAAAAACUAAAAACCGUGAAAACGGUGAUACCACGGCUCGGCGUUCCUUAAAUAUUUACCGUUUUACCUAUAAUUUUCUUUUGAGUUUUCCCAAUUAUUUGACAAUCCCUUAAAAAAUCAAAAAAUUACCUUUUUAGUGCACAACUAGUCAACUAGUCAACAUUUCCUUUCAAAAGAGGUACUAUACUCUGUACAUCAGAGCAUGAUUUCUGGUAGAAAAAUGGUUGACAGACAGAAAAAUAAUUUAAAAAAGAAAAGAUCUGAUAAUGGGGAUGGGAGUGGCCAUUGUUGUAAGUGAGAAGUUGGAAAGGUAAGAUACAUAAGGUUAUUUCAUUUUCAUUUAUAUCUGUAAGCAACGAUAAAAAAUUGCUUGGCGAAAGACGAUUCCGAGCGCAUUUGGGUAAUACAUAAUUAGAAUUGCCGUAAUUUUAAAAAUAAUAUUUUUAAUUGAAUUGCAUUAAAAAGAAAACUUCUAAAUACUAAAAAAAAUAUUUUCGUACAUUUUCCCGUAAUUUCUUCGUAUUUUUCGGUUUUGCUCAAUAAUUAAAAAAACUACUAAAAAAAUAUAAAAAUGACUACUUUAAUGCACCAACUAGACAAAAUUUCAUUUCAGAAAUAGUACUUUACUCUACACAUCAGAGCAUGAAUUCUUUUCGAAAAAUUGUUUACCGACAGAAAAAAAAACAACGCUCUGAAUCUAAAAUUGAUUAGGAUAGACCAUCAAACUAAAAUAAAUAUUUAUUAUAUUAUUUUAUCUAUUUUUGUUUUAAACAUUUUAGUGCUUAUUGAUUAAUUUUAAGUCUAUUUUUUAAAAUGUUUUAUACAGCUAUAAUUUUAUCCCAACUCUAUUUAUACAAUUGUAUAACUAAUUUAAUAUGAUUAUAAAUAUAAUUUAUAUUUCAUAAAAAUAAAAAAACCAACCAAAAAAAUAUUAUCUAGCUAGUACCUUUAAGUUUAAGUAGUGAAGCAUCAUUCGUGUGGCGUUUGAAUACUCUCCCGGAACUUACGAACCGGAAAACUUAAAAAUGAAAUACUUCGUCAAAGGAUUGCCAGAAAUUAAAAAUGUCAACACUAAAAUGUAUUUAACCUAAAACGUCAUCUAUUUAUGGAAUUUUAAAUGUAGGUUAAUAUAUGAAAAUAAAAUUGUGUAUAGUAUUUUACCCCCCAAAAUAGGGACGAUAAAAAAUAACAGCAAUGCAACAUUUUAGAACUGUUUGUUUUUAAAAUUUUUCUAAAAUAAAAAAAAAAAAAGGAACGAUCUAAGAAAAAAGUUGAUAUCUAGAUUCCGGGUUAAAGAGUGUCUUUCGCGUUAUGUUGAUCACAGGGUAUAUAAUUAUACUAUUUUAACUAGCUGCUAGGCAGUGAGUAUUUUAAAAAUAUCCGUGUUUAUAAUAGAAUUCUGUUUAUUUUUUUUUAAAUUUCUUAUGCUAUAUAUAUUAUAUACAAAAUAGACAAAUCGUAAAUAAAUGUAGUUAUUAUUUAUAUAAAUUAAUAUAAUGCAUUAAAACCGCGAAAUAAUUCAUUAUAGUCAACAGUAUAGUACUAUAGUUAUAGUAUCAUAUACACCGGGAAUUAGUUUUAGAAUUAGAAAGGUUUAUUUUCAUAUUAUUCACCAUGACAAAAGUUAGAAUAUUUAAAAUAGAGUUGCGAGAUAGAUGUGUGACGUCAAUUUAUCAUUGGAUCUAAACACAAUAAUGUAUUUAUAUUCUUUUAGUAGGUAGGUACUCAUUUUACACAAUCGUUAUCGAAAAAAUGCAUACACGUACUCAUUAUAAUUAUUAUUAUAUAGAUUGGCCGUUGAGCAACUCAUGAAUUUGUUUACACAAAAUAUGUAUAGAUUAAUAUGUAGCAUAGGUACCUUAUAUAUAGCAUAGGUAACCUAUCUAUCAAUAGGUUUAUUUUAAAUCGUGGCCCAUGAUCUAUGAUUUAACAGUAUUUUAGCAAUUUUUUAAUGUAAAUAAAAAUAUGACUAAAAAAAAAAUUGUUCAAAACAUAAUUUUGUAGCUGGUAGAUAAAAUUUAUUAUAUGAGUAUUUAAUUGAAGUAUUUAGUAUCUAGGUAAUACAAAUGUUAAAUGAUUAUUACUUUAUAGGUAAUAAUUUUCUUAAUUUAAUUAGUAAAUAUGUUUGUAUUUAAAAGAUUAAUAAAAGGAAAAAAUAAUACUUUUUUGAAAAUAAAGCAGAAAAUAUGGUCUAUAAUAUUCUUGUCAAAUAUGCGAAAAAAUCUUUUUGUCAAUCAUUUUUGGACUAUUUAGGGUCUACGUACUUUAACUUAAUGCCAUAUGAGUAGGGCCCGGAACUUGAUGACUUAUAAAUCUUUAAAAAAUGCACACAAAAAAAUUAUUAAAAUGACUUAAAAACAUCAAAAAUGACCAUAAAAAUAUCAUAAAAUUUUCAAAAAUUACGUUUUUUAAUAAUAAAUCAUCGUUUUUAAAUCAUUUAUUUAGUAAUUAUCAUUUUAUUCAUUUUAACAAUGCUAAUAAAGAUAUAAAUUAAAUGUGUUACAUUGAACUUGUCAAAGUAUGUUUAAUAUUUUCGAAAAUAAAAGAUCGGUGAUUGUCCGAUAAUAAAGUUUUUUUACCUAUAAAGGUAAAACAAACUUCUUUUCACUUCAACAGAUGUGAUUUGCGCAUACUUGAAAAAAGUGAUGUCAUCUAUAUUAAAAUCUUCUGGCAAGCUUUCUUUUGUUACUUCUUGUCCUUCUAACAUUUUUGAUAUAAUCUACAUAUUUUUAUAACCACUAUUUUUUUCUAAAACACUUUUGAAUUUAUUUUGAAUUUCACGUCCAACUAUAUUUUGUGCAUGAUGAAUUUUAUUUUUUUCUUCUUCUACAACUGGUAUAGCAUCAACAAGGCAUAUGUUUGAUGAUUCUAAUUAUGUUAUUUCAAAUAUUUAGUUUUGUCAAAAUAAUAUAUAAGAAAAAUGUAAAAAAUGCAAAAUAAAAAUUGUUCCAUUGAAUUAUACAUGACAUAAGUCACAUUUCUGUAAAGACAAGCCUCGUAUAAGAAAAGUAUAAGAAAAAAAGAUUCAAAUGCUUCAAGUUCCGGGCCCUACAUAUGAAUAUAAAAAAAAUAUCUGAAUCAAAAUAGUGUUAAAAAAUUAGUGUAUAAGUAUUUAUUCUUAGAAUUACUUUAAACUAUUAUUGUAUUAUUCAUAUAUUACAUAUAUCACAUAUAUUAUUCAUAUAUAGAUACAUUCAAGUCAAUUUAAUUUAAUUUUAACUUAUUACGGUCAGAAUAACUGUUUUUUGUAUUAUUUUUAUUAUAAUUUUUAAUUUUAAAUUGUAAAUAUGUUUAAAAAUUAAAUUUAUUAUUUCUCUUCGAAUUUUGAUUUCUCUAUAUUAUAAUUAUUUUAUUUAAAUAACUAAUAAUUCUGUACAUUAUUUAUGUAAUUGUAAAUUUUUAUUUUUUUAGAAUUUUUACUAUAAUAUUUUUACACUCUCUAACUCUAACUCAAGCUCUAAAAAAAAAGCAUUGCUAUCAAGUGAACUCCACUCAGAAUUGUUUUUUUGUAAGCAAUGAUUUAACGUUGCUUACAGGUAUACAUGAAAUUAUCUAUAACAGUGGCUGCACCCGUCCCCAUUGUCCUAGGACGUCUUUUUCUAUAUCAAUUUAACGAGAUAAACAAAUUAGUUAACUUACCCCCAGUCUUGUUUAGUUGUAUAUUAUAUAAACAGAUUAUAUUACAUAUUGUUAUAAAAUAAACACGUCGAGUGUUCUCAAAAUAUUUACAAUAUAAUUGUUUUCAGGUUUCAAAUUACAAACGUGCAGUGUACCUAAUAUUGUAGCUGAAUGUAUUAGCCACCAAACACCUGUCUAAAUACUAUUUAUGCCUACAUUAUUAUGACCACGAAACGGACUUAACUAAUUAAAAUAAUGAUUCCAUUACAGUCACCAUGUUACGUAUUUAAAGUAUAUUAUUAUUAUGCUAUACUUUUAACUAUGUUAUGCGGAAACGAAGUACUCGGUUACAACGUGGAUGUUACACAUUUCGUUAGACACCGAGGACCAAUAGGAUCUAUGUUUGGGUUCAGCGUGGCCCAGUACAAGGUACCCGGAGAAUCGUGGUAAGUCUGAUUUAAAAUUUAACGAUUUUCCAUUUUUAUACAGUAGACCUCUGUUCGUAUUGUUAUAAUUUUAGAUAAUGAGCGGAGUCAAAUUUAUUUGAUACAUUUCACGUCUAACGAUCUACUACUAAUAGUUAUAGGAAAAAUAUUUCAGUUUUCGGCCUUCAAAAUAAAAUAUAGGCACCUCUGCUCAGAAUGCAAACAUAAUACUUUGUACACUCGCUUGAAUUAAAUGUCAAAUAUUCCAAACAUAUAUAAACCACAAACGGCUCAUACAACGACCGUGUAUUUGAUUUUACUGUUAUCUAAGAAAUUUUGAAUGUCCACUGUCUUAGUAGCAUACUUCUGGGAGUAUGAUGGGGAUAUACCCCCUUAGUCUAUUUUUAAUCAAAAUCGAUUCUGAACAGCGGUACUAUUAGCUUGUUUUUUUCUUGUAACCAAGGUAAUUUAAAAAUCAAUAAAAAUUAAAUCUAUAUAAGCAUCGAUUAAUAAAUAUGUCUAGAUAUAUACGAGUAUGUAUGCAUAUUGGUGAUCCAAAUUUAUGAAAAUCUUAUCUAUUUUUCAGGUUGUUGAUUGGAGCACCAAAGGCGGACAAUAUUCAGCCAGGAGUCAAUGAGGGUGGAUCUGUGUACAAAUGUAGUACGUCAACGGAUAAUGAAUGUGAACCAAUAAUGUUCGACACGAGGGGUGAGUUUUUUCGUCAUACAACAAAAAAAAUCUUUACGAAACUUAAAGUGUAAAAAUUGUGUAAAACAUAUAGUAAAGAACCAAUUUAUUUAUAGUAGAUUGAACUAUAUUGGCAAUAAAUAAUGCAGACAUAGAAAUUACAUACUGAAUAUAAAAUAUGAGAAAUUAUGCUCAUUAAUAGCACAUUCAAAGCUUUGACAAAUUUAAUCUGCAACUAAGGGGUAAAACAAAAUUCAACAUAAAGGAAAUAAUAAAUAGCAUAUAAAAUGUUUCAAUGUCUUUCUACACUUGUUGAACCUGUGCACUUGUUCAGCAUUUGUCUUUGGAAUCACUAAUAUACACACUAUUUUUUGAUAUUUAAUAUACUAUAAGCAAUUAUAAAUAUAUACCUAUUAUAUAAAAAAAAUCGUUAUUUAUUAAACAGGAAAUAAUAGUUCUACUGAAUCCAUUCAAAGAGACAGCAAAUCAUAUAAUUGGUUAGGUGCUACAGUGAAGAGCUCGGCAGACAGCAGGACAGUUUUGGUAAAUUUUAAAUAUUUAUUUAUUAUUAUUUUUUUAAUAUUAGGUAUUUUAUAUAAUGUGUUAUAUUAAAUAGUUGUCUUUAGAAAAAAAAAAUCGUAUAAUUAUAUUUAUUAUAUUUCAUAAAUUUUCCUAUUUUUUUCUACUUUUUGCAUUUGAUGAGAAAAUUCUUAAGAAAAUCGAAAAAUGAUUUCCAUAAAGCACCUCUCCAUACCGAUUUCCUUUCAGAACAGAUGAUACACGUAAAAAUCUGAGUAAGUGUUCUGGUAGAAAAGUUGCAUACAGAUAAAAAAAAAAUAAAUAAAUGAACAUCUUUGUAAAAGAAACUAAAAUGUUUAUAUAUUUUGAAACCAUUUGUUAAAUAUUUAAUAAUUUAUUAUAUAACGAUAUACCUACCUACUUUAUUAAUAAUAAAGUAUAUCGUUUUACUAAUCUUGAAAUUGAUACCUAUAUUACAUAUUUGACUAUAUUGACUAAGUAUUGUAGUUUGAUCAAGUUUUUAUAUAAAAAAAAAACACGUGUUACAUUAUAUGUUUCACAAAAACAGUGAUAUUUGUGUAAUGUUUAUAUGUACAAAUAGUUAGAAAAGAGUUAUUUAUUUUAUACAACAAUUAUUUUCAUUGCCAUAAAAAAAAUUGUAUUACAAAAAAUUAAAUGGGUCGAAAUAAAUGGUAAUGUGCCAAUGUAGUAUACUAGGUAUAUGUAGUAUAACACAUUGACUACACAAUUAUUUUCGACGAGAUUGGAAAAUAAUUAAUUAGGUUUAAAAAAUACACAAAUAUAUAUAAACCGAUAUUUAUAUAUUAUUAUACUUUAAUAUUCAUUCAAUAUUUCUCCAGGCCUGUGCUCCAAGGUACGUUUAUUUCAAUUAUAAGGGUUUUGAAGUGAUGAGAAAAGAUCCUAUUGGUAUGUGUUAUGUCACCAGAGACUUGCAUCAUUUUUCUGAGUACUCGCCUUGCCAAAUUGGUGGUUUGUUUUUCAGAUUUAUUAAUACUAUCAUUAUAAAAUAGUUUAAGUUUUAUAUAUUUUAAUUAGAUUUAUUCAGUUUCAUAAUUUGUAUAGAUUAAGCUCAUUAUAUAAAUAAAAUUAAACAAAUAUUGAUUUAAAUCUUGUUAUUUAACGAAAACUAUUGUAUACCUAAUAAAAAUAAUUUUAUAUUCUUGAAAUUAUUAUCGAUUAUACAUUAUAUUAAAAACCACAUUCAAUUGAUAAUAAAUAAUAAUAUCCAUAUACAUCAUUUUUAGAUAAUAUGACUGAGAGAGAUCAGGGUACUUGUCAAGCUGGACUAGGAGCAUCCAUUUCAAAGGUAUUCAUAGGUGAAUUGUAAUAACAAAACUAAUAAUUCCUGAAUCAUAAAAUACAUUUUUUCAAUUUAUUUUCAGGAUGGUAAUCGAAUAUUCAUAGGCGCUGUCGGGAGACGGUUUUGGCAAGGUAAGAUGAACAUUCAUGAAAGUUUAUAAAGCAUAACUGUUGUUUAACUAGUUAAUUUUUAAAUGUCAUUAUUAUGCAGCGUAAUUCAUUUCACAUAAAAUACUUAUUAUUUCGCAGAGUAUUUAGUUUACAAAUUAAUUUUUUUGAAUAUUUAAGAAACAUGCAGCUCUAAAUGUUACAUCACCAUUAUUUUUUGUCACUUUAUUUUUGGGGGGUGAAAAUACCACCUAUUUUGAUUUUCAAUUAGUGAUCUAAAUUAAAAAUUCCAUAAAUAGAUGGAAUAUUAAAUAAAUAUUGACGUUAAAGUUUUUCAUUUCCAUAAACCCAUUGAUAAGGUAUUCCACUUUUAAGUUGGGUAUGGAGAGAGUACCUACUGUCGUGCUAAGCGCAUAAUAAACAGUGUUUCUAUCUAACCAAGAUAUUGGGUAAUCGGCUAAAUAAUUUUAAAUACAAUACUGAUCAGUGUACCAAGUAUAAUUAUUAACAUUUAACAUAUAAUACUAAAAAAAAACGUCAAUAUACUAAUUGUAUGAGUUUUUAAAUAUUUUACAUUAAAAUGGACUUGCCUUUUAUUCGUCAAGCACUAACGGAAACAAAAUUAAAGUGAAUCCAUUUCUAAGAAAAUACUGUUUUUAUUUUAGAUUCUAAGUGGAACGAAGAAGCUUAUAAUUUUACAAAGAUAUUUAUCCUUUUUUUUAACUGUGCGCAACUUUUUACCAAAAGACUUGCUCAGAUUUUAAAGUUUAGCAACUUUUCUGACAGAAAAUCGGCGUGGGGAGGUUCUUUAAUGAGGUCAUUUUACGAUUUUCUCAUCAAAUUUGAAAAAUCGAAAAAAACAGAAGAAGAACGGGUAAAUAUGAGAAAUGCAAGAUAGCAAUUUUUCUGAAAGGAAAUUUGACUGGAAAAGUACUUUAGGGAGGUCAUUUUUCGAUUUUCCUAAAAGUUUUCCUAACAAAUGUUCAAAACCGAGAUAAAAUAUGGGAAAACCGGGAAUAACUUAAAAAAACUAGGAAAAUCGGUUCAACAUUAAACAAAUAUUAUUACAGAAAUAUAUAAAGCUUAUUUAAUUAUUUUACUCUAAAUGGCAUAUAUUGUUGACAGAGCAUCAUAGUCAUCAGUUUUAAUACAUUUAGUCUAUUUGUAAUGAAAAACUUAAACGUGUUAAUAUUUAAUAACAGGUCAGUUUUUCUCAAAAAACUUAAAUGGUCAACAAGAAGUAUUUUCAACUAAUGAGGGACCAAAAUCGGAUGACGAUUCGUAUCUUGGUUAUUCAGUUGCUGUUGGUACAUUUGGAUUCGGUUCAGAAUCUGGCGCGGCGGUUGGCAUGCCCAGAGGCUCAGAACUUUCAGGAAAAGUAAAAUCGCUAAAAUUAAUUUUUAUUUCACACUACAAUUUUUAAUAUUAUUUUGCAGGUUGUCUUAUACUCUGCCAAUUUAAAAAUUCUUUAUAAUAUUUUGGGCGAUCAAAUAGGUUCGUAUUUUGGUUAUUCGAUUUGCGUGUCAGACAUAGACGGAGAUGGCGGCGAUGAUAUCAUAGUCGGCGCACCAAUGUACCACGAAUAUUCAAAAAAUAACGAUUCUUAUGAGACUGGCAAAGUGUAUGUGUAUUUGAAAAAUGAGGUAUUAACAACAAAUAAUUUAAAAUUUCAAAUAAAAUUUGUAUAAAAGAAAACAAAUUAAAUAAAUAUACCUGGGACUUGAUCACAAAUUAACUCAAGCUCUGUAUAAUUUAGCUGACAAAGAUUAUAUUUUAAAACGUUUAUUGUCGUUUUAGAUUGAUUACAUUUUGAUUUCAUAGCUAAUUGUACUGAGAAAAAAAAGUAAACAGUUGUUUUUUUGUAAAUCUAUAUUUGUAGAUACCUAAAAUAUUUUAAAUGUAAACUAAUGUAGUCUAUAAAUAUGGCUAUACCGGAAAUUCACUUUAUAUUGUUUAAUAUAUAAAAGUAAUUAUUAAGUGUGAAGAAUAGAUAUUUUAAUAAUGUACUCCAUACCUACAUGCCUACCUAACUUAUAUUUGUUUAUAGGGAUAUGCAUUUUAUGAACGAAAUACAAGACUAGGAUUUAAUUCAAAAUCUCGUUUUGGAUUGGCUCUAAGUAAUUUAGGAGACAUAAAUAGAGAUGGGUAUGGAGGUGAGAAACACUAUUGACUUUGAUUUGUUAUUAUUAGGUACAUAAAUAAUACUAAACAAAUAUUUAUAAUUUUUAAUAUAUUUUGUUUUAAAUUUCAGAUUUUGCGGUUGGUGCUCCGUAUGAUGGUCCUAACGAGUUAGGUGCAGUGUACAUUUACCACGGAGCCAAAAUGGGUUUUCGGAAAAAGUAUUCUCAAGUGAUUAAAUCUGAAGACGUGUCCAUAGGUCAGCCGCCUGUAUCGACAUUUGGGUUUUCGUUAGCUGGUGGAACGGAUUUAGAUAACAAUCAGUACCCAGACCUGAUCAUCGGUGCUUACCAGUCGGAUACGACUUAUUUGAUGAAAUCUAGACCUGUGGCUCACAUUACAGCAUUGUUAUAUUACAAGUCUAACAAUAAACAAAUACAAUUUGAACAUAGAGAAUGUACAAACAAAGAUGGCACUCGGGUUUCCUGUUUAUUUUUGAUUGCCUGUUUACAGUACACAGGGAUUGGAAUUGACGAUCAACUGAGUAAAUAACUAAACAAAAGAUAUAAUUAAUGAUAUAUUUAGAAAAAUAAAACAUUUAAUUUAUUAUUUAAUAGAUAUUGAGACACAUUUAGUGUUAGAUGCAAGACUGAAAUCUCCAAGAAUGUUCUUUUUAUCUGAAGAAAACCAAAACAUAAAGAACAAUAGUUUGAUUUUGAAAAAAAAAAAUACUCAUUAUUGCCUGACAUUCCAAGUUUAUUUGAAGGUAUAAUAAAAUAAAUUACUUUAAUAAUAACAAUAAAAAAAUUUAAAAAAAAAUUGAUUUAUGAAUAAGGGGUGAUGAUUUAAUGAUAGAUCCAAGAUCCAAAAUAAUAAUAAUUAGACUGAUGACUAACGACUUAAGUAGGUAAAUCACAAUUUGUGUGGUACCUAUCGACAAUGCCGUGCCUCACAAAAUCAGCAACUGGGACCAGACAAAUGUAACGAUACGCAAAAAAAGGCCCAAUCUAGCUGUUGGACGUUCACUUAAUACGUUUAUCAUCAAAAUAUUCAAUUAAAAAACUUUUUUCAAAUGACCGGGUGCGUGGGCACUGGGUACUUCUUGCACCCUUUUAGAUACGGCCCUGCCUAUCGAAUACACUAAACAACAAUAUAAUACCUACAAAUAGUAUUUUGUUUAAUGUAUUUUUUACGUACAUUUUUUGUCAACAUUUCAGAAUAAUAUAAGAGAUAAAUUGACGCCACUAGAAGCUGAGUUGAGGCACAGAAUCAUUGAAGAUACCCAAAGAUCUACUACUCUAACACCUGUUAUAGAUACGGAAAAUGAACAGUUUGCUAUCUCUAGAGCUUCGAUCAAUAUAUACAAUUACUGUGGAAAUGAUAAUAUUUGUAUACCAGAUCUUCGACUGAUAGCUAUGCCGUAAAAGCAAGCCACGAAAUAAUUUUAAAUACAUUUUUUGAAAUAGUUUUUUCUAAUUAGGAAUUCCGAAUCAUAUUUACUUGGAUCUAAUGAAAAAUUAAAAGUUGAUGUCAAAGUUCAAAAUCUAGGAGAAGAUUCUUUUGAGACUACUUUUGAUAUGAUUUUACCUACAGGUGUUAAUUACGUAAAAAUAGAAAGACUAGACGAUAAUGAAAAAAAUAUACCUGUACAAUGUUCAGCUCCGUCCAAAAUGACUAACAAUACUCUACACUGUGACAUUGGAAAUCCUUUGCCUGGAAAUAAAUACGUACGUUAAAGUUAGUUACAUUUAAAACUUUAGGUAAUUAUCCAUAAAUUAUAAUAUCAAGAUAUUUAUAUUUAUUAUAUAUUUAGAUACAAUUUAUGGUGGUUUUGGAACCAUAUCAAACUACUGAAACAAAAGUGGCCAGAUAUGAAUUUAAUAUGAUGGUAAAAAGUACAAAUCCGGAAAACUUAAAUUCUGUAUCCGAUAAUGCUAAAUCCUUGACAAUACCUCUUUGGGUAGAUACCGAACUAAUUAUUGAAGGAUCGUCGAAACCCACAGAUGUAUAUUUCAACGUUUCAAUGAUGGAAGAAAAUCUAAAUAUUAUCGAAGAAAAACAAAUUGGACCACAAGUCGUUCAUGUGUAUGUAAUUAGGAAUAAAGGACCUGCAGAUAUAUUAGAAGCUGAAGCGUACAUUGAUUGGCCCUUAUUUGUAAUGGCAGGUACAAUUAAUAUUCAAUCUCUACUUUUUUAAAUUUUUCUUUUAAAUAUUAAUUGCCUAUAAAAACUGAACAAUUUCAUUUUAGGAAACCCAUUGUUAUAUCUCCUCGAAAUGCCAGAAACUAUUGGACAAGUGAAGUGUGAGCCUAUUGAAGAUAUAAAUCCAUUCAAAUUAAAUGUAAUUAUAUUGUGAAGACAUAUACAGGGUUAUUAAUCCUCGAUAAAACACUCAUUUUCUCAGAAUUAUUAUUUUUGACUAUUUAAGAAACAAUCAAUUCUAAAAUAUUAUAAUAUUAAUUUUAUUUUUGGUCGGCUUAUUUAUUUUUGGGGAUUAAGGUAGCUACCUAACUUACUUUUAAUAUUCAAAUAGCAACUUAAAUAAAAAAAUUACAUAAAUACCUACUUAAGUAAAUACUUUAAGACUUAAAUUUUAAUUUAAAUACAUAUGGGCGUUCAAAUUUUUAAUUUCCGUCAACUAUUGACGAGAUAAAUUCAAAUUUGUAAGAGUAAGUACCUAGCAUCAUUUUAUGGUGGCGUAGUGCGCGGCGUUAGUGAUGGAAACGAUCCAAUCAUCUCAAUUAUUUAUAAAUCAUUUGAUAAAUCGUAAACAUUCAAUAUUUAAAUGAUAAAAUAAUUUAAUUAUUUUUAAAUUCUAAUUAUUGAUUUCUAAUUUGGCAAUUUUUAAUACUUGUGCAUACGGAGUGAUCAAUCAAUCGUAAGACACUCAUAUCUUGGAAAGUAUUAACUUUUUUCGACAUUUCUUUCAUAGAAAAUUUUAGAAUCAAACAGCUCUAUAAAUUUUACAUUUAUGUUAUUUUUUGUCACCCUAAUUUUUGAGGGUGAAAUUACCAAGUAUCUACCUAUGAUUUUUCAAAUGGCAACUUUUAUUAAAAAUUCCAUAAAUAGAUCGAGUAGUAGUUAAAAUAAAUUUUGAUGUUAAAAUUUUUAGUUUCCAUCAAUUGACGAGAUAUUCUAUUUUUAAGUUUGGGUCGGGGGAGAGCAGUGAUACAUUUUUAAAAUGCCGCGCGCUAUGCCUCCACACAAAUGUUGCUCCACUAAUCUCCCCCGACCAAAACUUAUAAAUGUUAUAUCUCGUCAACGGAUUGAUGGAAACUAAAAAUUUUAACAUCAAAAUGUAUUUUAACUACUACUCGAUCUAUUUAUGGAAUUUUUAAUAAAAGUUGCCAUNUGAAAAAUCAUAGGUAGAUACUUGGUAAUUUCACCCUCAAAAAUUAGGGUAACAAAAAAUAACAUAAAUGUAAAAUUUAUAGUGCUGUUUGAUUCUAAAAUUUUCUAUGAAAGAAAUGUCGAAAAAAGUUAAUACUUUCCAAGAUGAUAAGUAUCUGAUGAUAUAUUGAUCGCCCUGUACACGUUUAUUUUAAAUUUAAGUAUAAUAAUAUUAUAAAAAUAGUGGUUAGAAAAUAUGUUCUUUUAUAAAUAUUAUAGUAGAUAUUAGAUGUUGUUAAGUCAUAUUACCAAGUAUAAUUUAAUUUAAUCAGUACAUUUACUAUUUUCAGUGAAUUUAUUCCACAAAUUUAUUUGAGUGAAAUACCUAUAGGUACCUACUGAAUCUUUGAUUAUUAAUAUUUAAAAUUGCUUGAUUAAGUACUUAAAUUUGAAUUCGAAAAUCAUUAUAUUUUUUAUAUUUUUUAUAUCGAUACCUAAUCAUUCGAUUAUUUCCACUACUAGUUUUAAUAGUUUUUCAAUCUAUUACUCUUCCCCUACCCAAAUUUAAAAAUGAAAUAUCUCAUCAGAAGAUUGACGAAAGUUAAAAAGGUAUUUAAACUAAAUUGCAUUUACUUAUGGAAUUUUUAGUAUACUAUUAUAGUAUACCUAUAAGGUUGUUAUUUGAAAACGAAAAGUGAUUAGGAGUUUAACGCACAAAAAUAAACGGUAAUAUAAUAUUUUAGUUUAUUGUUUCCUAAAUUGUCUAUGACCACUAAAUAUAAAUAAAAUAAUAUACCUAAUUAUAUGAUUUAUAGAUUGACCAUAAAAGGAAAUCUUAUUUUAAAUCUAGUGGUUUGAAAUUAUUGGAGCGAUUACCGAUUAACAUAACAAAUGAAGAUGACCUUUUAGGAAACAGUAAUGUGAAGUUAAAAUUGUAUAGAAGGUCCGAGAGGGACAUAACAGUAUUGAAAAAACGUUGUGGGCCAGUUUUGUGUGUAACAAUUAAAUGCAAAAUUGGUCCGUUUUCAAAGGACCAGGAUGUUGGAAUAUUAUUCAGGUCCAGAAUGUGGGUGGAAACUCUGAAAAAAGUAUAUAAGUAUAAAACAGAAAUUAAUAAUAAUGAAAACCGUCCCUUUAGUGUAGAUGUGCAUUGGAACAUGUAUAAAUGCACAAUGUCUUAAUUUGUUUUGAUUUUAAUUAGGUGGAAAUAAACCAGCAUUUAAAUCUGAGCUCUAUGAUAUCUGCCAAAAUCACCCGUCUUCCAUAUAUCGGCAAACCUGUGUCCGAUAGUAAACUGGCUCAGGUCAGAGUUCAUGAAGUAUUGACACAAAUCAUUUCUAGAGAUUUUGCGGUGAAACCAAAUAUCAUUCCUAUGUGGAUAGUCAUAUUAGCUGCUAUAGCUGGAACCUAUGUUCUGCUGGUUCUGAUUUACCUUCUUUACAAGGUAACAACUGUACAAAACAUAAUACCAUGAAAAUAAACAAAAAUUGUAACUGCUUUGUGGUACUUAACUUUAAUUAAGAAAUAAUAUCUUUAUUAGCAUAUAUUAUGAAAUACAAUAAAUCCUUAAAGUGGAAUUGCUUGGUACAAACUAAUUUUUCCGUUAUACAGAGACUAAAAUAUAUGGGCUAUAGGCUAUGCAGAACUGUUUUUAUUUUCUAUUUUAAGGAGAUUUUCACCUUAUAGGGGUCUGUCAUGAGGAGAUUUUACUGUAUUAUAUUUUGUUAAUCUAAAUUCUAAAAAGAACAUAUUUUGUAAUGAAUAUUCAUAAUAAAAAUAUUUUUAAACUUCAACUAUAGUCUAGUGAUUAUCUAGCUAAACAAGAAAAUGAUUUAGAUACAUUAAUACUUAUAAAUUUAAAUACUAAUAACAGAUUAAAUUUGUUUAAUCAAUUUAAAACAGAAAAAUAAUCAAAAGAUAAAUAUAAUAUAGAGUAUUCAAUACAUAAGGAGCGUUUCAUAUUUGUCAACAAAAAAUAUAUUAUGUAUAAUUAUAAUUAUCACUAUAAUUUUGGUUAAUCUCAAUAAAUUAAAUAGCACUCAUUUCUUUAGAACUAUGAUUUAUUUCAUUCUAAAUAAAUUUUGUUCAUUAAUUAUUCAGCAUUAAGAUUAUAUUAAUAAAUUAAACACAUAGAAAAAUGUAAUAAUUAUUUUUCUUUAAUUUUAAUUUAAAGUGUGAAUUUUUCAUACGGAAUCGCCCAUCAAGUGCACCGGAAGAACAACCAUUGACACACAUAAAAGAUCAAACUUUAUCAGACGAUAAAUGAAGCGUUGUAGAAAUCUUCAAUUUUCUACUGCUAAAAAUAAAAAUAAAUAACCAAACAUUAAUUGUUAUUUAAUAAAUGUUUUAAUUGUUUAACAAAAGAAAAAAAAUACAUUAUAUUCA